GAGCUGGAGCUGCGCUGGCAGGAGUAUUACGAGCUGGUCACCAUGCUGCUGCAGUGGAUCAGACACCACAUCCUCGUCUUUGAGGAGAGGAAGUUCCCCACCAGCUACGAGGAGAUCGAGGUUCUUUGGCGUCAGUUUCUGAAGUUCAAGGAAACGGAGCUUCCUGCGAAAGAGGCAGAUAAGAACCGCUCCAAACACAUCUUCAAGUCCUUUGAGGGUGCAGUUCAGGCGGGUCACGUCAAAGUGCCGCCAGGUUACCAUCCCCUCGAUGUGGAGAAGGAAUGGGGUCGUCUGCACGUCGCCAUACUGGAGCGAGAGCGUCUCCUCAGGACAGAAUUCGAGAGGCUGGAGCGACUUCAGAGGAUCGUCAGUAAGGUCCAGAUGGAGUCGGGGGUGUGUGAGGAGCAGCUCAACCAGGUCGAGACUCUGCUGCAGACGGACGUGAGGAUGCUGAGCUCGGGGAAACCGGCUCAGCACUCAGCGGAGAUGGAGGCAGAUCUGGAGAAAGCAGAAGGAAUGAUCCGCUUCCUCUUCAAUGACGUUCAGCUGCUCAAAGAUGGACGCCACCUUCAAGCUGAGCAGAUGUAUCGCAG